AUGGCAGUGUUAACAAAUUCAGAUUGUACUUUGGAUGAUUGGCCAUUAUCAUACUAUGAUGACAAUAUUAUAUAUGAACCAAAUAUUAAUAUUGUUCCAAAUCAUCAUCAUCAGGAAGAUAUUGUUGCCUCAUCUGGGGUACCCACUUCAUCGGUCAAUGGCGGCGUUCCGGAUUAUAAUAAUCUGUUCAUGUCUAGCCUCGAUCAGUAUAUGCAUGAGGAUAUUUAUAUGGCGCCAUAUUUAGGGAACAGAUUUUGUGACGGUAGCCAGGAUGAACAGCAAAUAAUAGACGUUGACCAACACCAUUAUUAUUCCCAGGAGUCUUUCCUUUGGAAUUUCUAG